CUACUGUACAAGAUCCCAAUAUGCAAAUAAGGGUAAACAGAAACGAGAAUUCCCACAGCUUCUGGUAGAAUGCUAAAGAAGUUCAUGAAGGAUUGUGGAUGAAGCAUGGUGUCUUGGAGGAGACUGAGACUGAGACUGAGAGUGACUCGUCUAUGUUGGUAGCAAAGGCCAUGGAGAUAAAGAAGCAGUUGGAGAGACUGGUCAAGGCCAUUGUUGAUGAAGAUGACUAUAGGGUUGAGACUGCUGAUGAGGCUAUCAGAGCCUUGUCUUCUUUGAAGGGCUUGAAGCUAAAAAAGUCUCUGUCGUUCAAACCUGAUGGCCAUGGCAAUCUUCUUGAUGUUCCUGAAGACUUCAGAUGUCCCAUCUCUGGAGAACUCAUGAAGGACCCUGUUGUCUUGGCCACUGGACAGACUUAUGACCGACCAUUCAUCCAGAGGUGGUUGAAUGAAGGCAACCGAACAUGCCCUCAAACAAAGCAAGUCCUCUCUCAUACUGUCCUUACCCCUAAUCAUCUGGUUCAAGAAAUGAUUUCACAAUGGUGCAGGGAGCAUGGAAUGGAGCUUCCAAAACCUGUUCAGGAUAUUGAUGAGGAAGUUGUCACCAAUGCAGACCGGGGAUAUCUAAAUUCAUUGCUUCAGAAGAUGUCAUCAUCCCUAUCUGAUCAGAAAGAAGCAGCAAAAGAGCUUCGACUGCUAACAAAGCGAAGUUCACCAUUUCGGGCACUUUUUGGUGAGUCUAUUGAGACCAUUCCACAAUUGCUCAGUCCACUUUCACCAGGCCAGGCUGAUACUGAUCCUGAUCUUCAAGAAGAUUUGAUCACUACACUACUAAACCUUUCAAUUCAUGAUAAUAACAAAAGAUUGGUUGCAGAGCAUCCCUUGGUCAUUCCUCUGCUUAUUGAAUCCUUAAUAUCUGGAACCAUUCAAACAAAAAGCAAUGCUGCUGCAACUUUCUUCACAUUAGCAGCCAUUGAUUCCAGCAAGAUUAUUAUAGGAACGUCUGGUGCUCUCAAUCCUUUGAUUGACCUUUUAGAUGAGGGGCAUCCACUGGCCAUGAAAGAUGUUGCUUCAGCCAUAUUCAGCUUGUGUAGUGUUCUUGAAAAUAAAGGAAGGGCCAUCAAUGCUGGAGCAGUCAAGGUAAUUCUGCAGAAGAUAAUGGAUCGCGUGUUAGUUGCGGAGUUGUUGGCUAUACUUGCUAUGCUUUCUAGCCAUCAGAAGGCUGUUCAGGAAAUGUGCGAGCUUGGCACUGUAUCUUGCUUGUUUGGCAUCAUAAGGGAGAGCGGUUGUGAGCACAACAAGGAGAAUUGUAUUGCAAUCCUUUACACCAUCUGCUUUGCUGAUCGGACCAAAUUGAAGGAAAUUAAGGAAGAGGAAAUGGCCAAUGGUACAGUUUCCAGACUUGCACGGACCGGGACUUCGAGGGCCAAGAGAAAGGCCAGUGGAAUUCUUGAGAGGCUGAAUAAGACUGGCUCAAUAACGCACACUGCUUGAUGGAAAUGAAAUUUUUCGUCUUGUUUUUUUCUCUCUUCCCCAAAAAGGUAUCAUCCCAUCACCCAUGUAAAUGUCCUUUCUAUAUUUGGUCACUAUACAUAAUCCAUUACCUGUACAAAAAAAAAAAAUGUUUCACAGAUUUGUACACAUUACUCGAGUUGAUCUCCUAGGCAAGUUUUAGUCCAUUUCAGGCUUAAAGACAUGUAAAGGUCAUUGGAACUUCACCUCUCUUUGGUCACAAAAGAAUUCAUAACUGGUAUAUUUUUUCUA